AAAAAAAAAAACCUAAAAACUGAUUCUGCGAAUGGCCGCCACCACCACCACCAAUCUAGGCGGAGGCGCUGGCGGAGACGAUCGAGUUCUCGCGACGGCUCAACAGAUCUUGAAAAGUUUAAAAGCUCCCAAAGAAGAUCGUGAAGACAUGCUAUUGAUCUUCUCCACCUUCGAUAACCGUCUCUCCGGCAUCACUGACCUAAUCAACGGCGACGAUUCAAAGUCCUCCGAUGAUGAAGACCUCGACCGUUUCGAAGCCGCCGAGAAAGUCAUACUCGUUGACGCUUCCAUCUCCACACAACCUUCUCGUCAAUCCACUUCGCUUUUCGAUCCUCCAAACGAUCCUGUCGAGUAUUUCACUGCCGUCGAUGAAAUUAUCCAGUGGAUGGAACACUUCUCGAUCGCGCCGCCGCAUCAAUCCACCGGAAGAACCGGUCAGAUCAUAUUGGACCGUGCUGAAAACGCGAUCCAGCUCGCGAUGUCGAGACUCGAAGACGAACUCCGUCACGUGCUGAUUUGUAACACCAUCCCUCCGGAUGCUGUUAGUCGCUACAGUACUAACCGGAGAAGUUCACUCUCUUUCAAUUCGCACGACGGCGCGAUCGAUGAUAAUUCUGAGAGCUUUGGUGAGGUAAGUGAUCCUGGUUCUCAUCGGUUUCAUGAACGUGGUGUGAGUCUUGGAGAUGAUUUGUUUGUUGAUUUGGUUCGUCCUGAAUCGAUUCUGAAUCUUAAAGAUAUUAUUGAUCGUAUGGUUAGGUCUGGUUAUGAGAGGGAGUGCCUUCAGGUUUAUAGUAGUGUUCGUCGUGAUGCUUUGGUUGAGUGUUUGGGUAUAUUAGGUGUUGAGAAGAUGAGUAUUGAAGAUGUUCAGAAGGUUGUGUGGAAGAGUUUGGAUGAGAAAAUGAAGAAUUGGGUGCAAGCUGUUAAGGUUGUUGUUGUAGUUUUGUUGAGUGGGGAGAAGAAGCUUUGUGAUAGUCUUUUUGGUGAAUUGGAUGAUUUGAAGGAGAUAUGUUUCAAUGAAACUGCGAAAGGUUGUGUUAUGCAGUUGUUGAAUUUUGGUGAGGCUAUUGCUAUUUGUAAGAGGUCUCCUGAGAAGUUGUUUAGGAUAUUGGAUAUGUAUGAGGCUUUGAGAGAUGCUUUGCCUGAUUUGCAGGAUAUGGUUUCGGAUGAGUUUGUGAUCACUGAGGCGAAGGGUGUGCUUCGUGGACUUGGUGAGGCUGCGAAAGGGACGUUUACUGAAUUUGAGAACUGUAUUCGGAAUGAGACUUCUAGGAAGCCGGUUUUAACUGGGGAUGUUCAUCCUUUGCCUCGUUAUGUAAUGAAUUACCUGAAACUGCUUGUGGAUUAUGGUGAUGCUAUGGAUUCGCUACUGGAAAUCAGUGAAGAGGAUAUUUAUCGCUUUAAAAAUGAUUUAGGUGGUGAUGAUUCCCAGUUAGAGACUUUGUCCCCUUUAGGACGACAAAUACUGUUGUUGAUGUCUGAACUUGAGUACAAUCUUGAUGAAAAAUCAAAACUUUAUGAAGACAUUGCAUUGCAGCAGGUGUUUUUGAUGAACAAUCUCUAUUACCUAGUGCGCAAAGUGAAGGACUCGGAUCUUAGAGCGGUAUUGGGAGAUGAUUGGGUUCGUAAACGCCGCGGCCAGGUACGACAGUAUGCUACGGGAUACCUCAGAGCCUCUUGGAGCAAAGCCUUGUCUUGUUUGAAGGAUGAAGGGAUCGGAGGGAGCUCUAAUAAUGCAUCAAGGAUGGCUUUGAAGGAAAGGUUCAAGAAUUUCAAUGCAUGUUUUGAAGAUAUAUACAGGAUUCAGACAGCUUGGAAGGUACCCGAUGAUCAGCUUCGCGAAGAGAUGCGGAUAAAUAUAUCAGAGAAGGUGAUUCCUGCAUACCGCUCAUUCAUGGGGAGGUUUAGCAGUCAGCUUGAGGGAAGGCAUGCAGGCAAAUACAUUAAGUAUACACCGGAGGAUCUAGAGACUUAUUUAUUACAUUUAUUUGAAGGAUCCCCUGCUGUAUUGCAUCACAUAAGAAGAAAGAGUACAUAGUAAAUUAUAAAAUAAGAUGCUUUUUACAGGUGAACUCAUUUUAUCAGGAUUAGUUGAAAAAGUUUUCUUGUGUCAUGUGUAUCUUCUACCUGGAUAGUCGUUUAUUUUACAGAUCUUAAUGUUAGAAUUGGAUUUUUCUCCUGCGAAUACUGUAAUAUCUUUUGUAUAUAUUCAUAAGUAGUGUCUCGCACAGCUUAUUUAUGUUAUCCUUCAUUACUAUACUUGUUGAAAUAGUUCUCUCAUACUUAUA